AGCAAGAGAUAUCAAAGCAACAUGAACGCAAAGUUCUUCCUUCUCCUGGCUGUGGUGUCAGCUGCCUCCGCACAAAGGCGCCCUUACGCCUACAACGCUCCUCGGUUCUCCGACGAAUCUUUCGAGUCUAGCGAAGCCAAGUACGACUUCCAAUGGGCCGUGAGCGAUGACUCCUCAAGCAACGAAUUCGGACACCAGGAGGCCCGUGACGGCGACGACACUCGGGGAUCGUACUACGUGCAGCUUCCCGACGGCCGCCUGCAGACCGUCAAGUAUUUCGUGGACGGCGACUCCGGCUACGUGGCCGAAGUCAGCUACGAGGGCGAGGCUCGUUACCCCGACUCCUACGAGUCUUUUGAAUCUCGGGAGUACAGACCACCAAGGCCCCUCUAUGGUUAACGAGGUUUUAAGUUAGAGAUUUCUAAAACUUGAAUUCUUCUAUUUAUUUUGCUGAUUUAGGUGCAAGAUAUUUAUAACUAACAAUUGGAUUUAAAUAAAUACAGUGUUGUUGAAACUAAUCAGCUAAUAUGGAUACCAAUCGUUAAACCUACUUUUGUAAUAAAUCGUGAUGAAAUAAAGCCUUUCACGUUCUGAUGUACUAUU